AUGUAUGCUGGAAUGUGGACAUUUUUUUUGGCCCUCCUCCUGGACCUGGCUAACUUUUCCUACACCAAUGACUUCUGGAGGCGACACGUGGACUAUCCCAAGUCUAUUCCCAAAGAAGGAGAAAACAAUUACUGUACCUGGAUGAUGAAACGGAGGGGGAUGGUUUGGGGCAGUAAAUGUGUACAAGGUAACACCUUCAUCCAUGAGAAAAACUCCACCAUUGAAAACAUAUGCAAUCGAACUCCUAGACCCUGUAUAAAUCAUCGCAACCACUACUGUUACACCAGUGUCCGUCCAUUCUCUCUGUCAGAUUGUUUUCUUGAACGUGGUAGUCACCCCCCUCAUUGUAACUACUGGAUGUCGGUUCAGUCUCGGAAAAUUAAUGUCUUUUGUCAGUCUGAACUUCCUGUCCACUUGGAAGACUAA